AUGUUUACAUUCACAGAGGCAGAGCCAGCUGCACUUCAGAACUUAAGGGAGAAAAUUACACGUAAGAGACGGUCUUCAGAGUUCCAACCAGAAGCGAAACGGAUCAGAGUGAAGAGUUGCUGUCUUUGUACGUCGACCUUUGAAAAUGACCACCGGCACACCAGGGAGAGACAUCUUCUGAUUCCUUUCAAUGUUGACAGUUUCAGGGACAGGUCACCAGAUAAAGGGCGCUUUGAGGUGUUGAAGUCCUUAAAUGAGAGGCUAAUUGGGGAAGACAGUUCAUUCACCGAUUGGAUGGGCUGGGUAAACAAUCAACGUGGCAAGCCAGCUUCAGUCAGAGCCAGUAUUUCAACCUUCCUGGGUAACAUGCCAGGGACCUGUAUUCCUCAUGUGUCUGACUGCAGGGAUAAAUCCUCAAAUUGUGAGAAAGGCUAUAAGGACUUAUGUAAACAUUUCAAAGAAUUUGCACUGAUUUCCUGUCGUAAAUCGUGUAAUUUCUGCAAAGUUUGUGAAUUUCCACCGCCAGUCCCAGCAAACGGGAGCGUUACAAUUACCGCUGAUGUGUUUGCGGUUACCUACGAGUGUGAUCUGGGAUUUUAUCGUUCUACAGGGGAUUCUCAACGAACCUGUAAGGAAAGAUACUCACCAGGCAAGUGGUCUGGUAAAUUGCCGACUUGUUCUCCAGUAAUUGGACAAAAUUGCACAAAUGGACACGUGAAAGCAGCUUGUACAAAGAUUGCACAUGCGGAUUGUGUAGGACCGGUGUGCAAAUGUGACGAAAGUUACCGUAAUCUGGCAGGAAUUUCGUGCGAAGAAGUCCACUUGAGCAGCUGUUCACAAGACAAGGAUUGCAUUAGUUUGACACAUUCGAAAUGCAUAGGCAAAAAUGAGUCCAGAGAUGCUAAUAGCCGAUGUAUGUGCGAAAAUGGCUAUUAUUACAAAGAGACCAGCCAUUCGUGUUACAAAGAUUGUGGAGGAUUAUCAAAUCCCUCAAACGGAAAAGUCGAUUUAACAAACGGCACAACCUACCAGUCAGUAGCAAAGUAUGAAUGUAACACCGGUUACACAUUACAUGGUGCUAGCGAUACAACAUGUACAGCGAAAGGAAACUGGACUGAACAUUUCGUGAACUGCACUAUUAAUGUAUGUCAGUUACCAGACUUACCUGUGCACGUUGAGUUUGUAAGUGAUGUCAAAAAUGGAACAGACUUAGUGUAUAACACCACCCUACUGUAUAGAUGUGUAGCCGGGUAUGGCUUUCAAAGUAAUGCAACCACGCACGAGAAUAAAACGAUUAGAUGUCAGGCCAAUUCAUCGUUCAGCCAUUUCGAGACUUGCAAACUAAAAGUAUGCCAGUUGCCAGACACACUUCACGAGAAGCACAUUGUGAUUGUUACUGAUGUCAAGAAUAAAACAGAGCUUUCGUACAAUACAACCCUUCAGUACACCUGUGAGGGCGGGUAUGGCUUUGAAAGGAAUGCAACCACACAUGAACAUAAAAGCAUAACGUGUCAGGAGAAUGCAUCGUUCAGUGAUUUCAAGGAGUGCAAACGAAAAGACUGUGGUCAGUUACCUAAAAAGGACCAGAAUAACAGAUGGCAGAACGUGUCAUUGACAAAUAGCUCUUCUGACACAUAUUAUCUGUCAGCUGCAACAGCAUAUUGUUUGGAAGGAUAUAGAAUACAAGGGGAAAGAAACGACAUUGUUUCACUUACAUUUAUGUGUCAGUCAAACAUGACUUGGGGGCCGAUUCCCCAAUGUGAAAAGAAAGAUUGUAGUGAGCCAGGAAGCACAACUCAUGGUAGCUACUCACCGGUUCACGGUCAGACGUUCUUUAAUGAUAAUGUAACGUACGAAUGUGAUCCUGGUUUCGAAACGACUGAAAAAACGUUUAUUACGUGUAACUCAUCUGGCAGUUGGAGUAGUCCGCCACCGAAGUGCAGAGACAUAAAUGAAUGUGAUCUAUAUACCGCAAACUGUCAUAGACGGGCAGACUGCACAAACACUAUCGGGUCGUACACGUGCAAGUGUCAAGAAGGGUUCAGAGACAUCUCUGUAGGAGGAAUAGGACUCAAUUGUGAAGAUAAAAACGAAUGUACCAAUGCCAGUGCAAACACAUGCAAUAAGAAUGGAUCCCAGUGUAUCAACUACCCAGGAGGGUUUCUUUGUCUAUGUGAUGAAGGCUGGACUGGAAAUACAUGUGAUACAGAUAUAAAUGAGUGCAACACGACUGGGUGUGGCGAAAAAGCGUAUUGUACAAAUUAUGCUGGAGGCUACAACUGUACUUGUAAUGAUGGUUUCCCAAAAGGAGAUCCUAAAAUACAUUGUUACGUAAAGGUAAUCUUAGAUCUAGAAACUGUCGUUAAACCCUUCAGAGGAGACAAUCAACUGAUAGACGCUCAGCCUAUCAAGUACAGAUUUCCUUAUUUUGGAGAUGAAUACAACUCGUACAGGCCAAAUAUGAAUGGCUUUCUAACACUUGGCUACCAACCGGUAUAUGAGGACUAUGGACCAGAAACCCCUGAUGACUGGAAGAAAUAUAGCCGUGGAAAUACCGUAAUAGCUCCUUUCUGGACAGAUAUUGACUCUACAAAUCUAACUGGAGGACUUUACGUCCAUUUGUUUGAGUAUUAUACCAACUACCGUCAAAAUAACAGUCAGCAAAGAGACCUUUCAUAUCUUGGAAGUAAAUUUACUGACUAUCUUAAUCUAACAGAUUUCAUACCACGAGUUGCACUGGUAGCCAGCUGGAUUAACGUCACGCAAUCGUCCUACAUUGAACCUUCCAGGCUUAUUAAAACACACAAUGCUACAAUGCAGGCGAUAUUAAUUUCUGACGGAAUUUAUUCCUAUCUAAUGUUCAACUACGACCACGAACAGUGGUCAUUCAAAAUUGACAACAAUAUCCCCAGCUCUGCGGGUUUUACCCGGAAGGACAAGACUGGAUAUAUAAUAGCAACCAGCCAAAACUUCAGUCAGCUUAAUACAGGAACAAACUUACAUCCAGGUCUUAAUGGAAGAUGGAUAUACAACGUGAGCAGCAAUAAUACACAUACUAAUAACGUCCUACGUAAUGAGUCCGAAUGCCUUGCAUUCAGACAUAAUGAGACGAUCAAGAAUUGGAUAACGGCGAAACGGGAUUUAUCGUACCCAUGUCCCUGUAGUGAGCAACAGAUGCAACUUGAUUACAGUUACCGAGAGGUGGAUCCAAUGUAUAAACACUCACACACUCCACCGGUUUGCUAUGAGGCAUGGUUCUUUAACAAUGAUGGUGUGAAACAGACCUGCUGUUAUAGUUAUGGUGCAUUGAAAAAAGAAGCAACCGGUGGCGGCUUUGCAACUUUUGAAACUGAUUUAUACAAUACUACUGAAUACUUCUACAAAUGUUGUGAUGAAAAUACAGACAGACACCUGUGUCACCUCUUCUACGAAAUGAACCCGUCUGAUGAUUGCUCCAGAUUCAAUCCUGCAGACGAGCCGUUUGACAGAUAUAGGCGAUCGCUUUUUGGAAACAUGAGAAGCGGAUCUGAUGUGAACAUAUACAGACACGAGAACAAAGCAAGAAAAUGGAGCAAGCAAAUGGAGAAGAAAAAAAAUAUAUAAGACAAAUUUGUACAAAUUCGUUUCUACUGCACAUAUAGAGUAUUGUUGAGAAAAAGAACUUAAAGACUCGUCUAAUAAGAGAAUACGAAAUUUUAACCAUUUAGUAUAGAGGAAAUUUUAAAUAUGAAACAUUUACUCCGUAACGAUUACAGUAAAACAUUCAAUAACUUGUACAUGGAAGUGAAACAACCCCGGCUUAAACGAAUACCAAACAGCCGAACAUAAACUUCGAUGGACUUUCAAUUAACCUAUUUGUGUGAACUUAAUGUUUAACUUGAGACAUUUUUACAUAUUCAUACCAACAAAAACGAUGUUUAGGUGUAUACAGGAGUUAUCUUCCUGUCAGUAAUUCUGUUGGUCUAUUGCAAAACAUUUGUGGAGUAAACUACGUUUCCAAGGAAUUCAAAUUAAACUUCAUAUAGAUCAUAGUGAUGGAAUAUAAAUUUUACACACAUCUACACUUUACGGUGAUCAUACUCAGUAAGGUUUGUUGAAAUCUCAUCGAGAUUUUGGAAGACGAUUGCUCAACAAACUUGAUAAAAGAUGGAAGUAUGGACACCAGAUCACCGUCACAUGCAACUACGUUUCAUUAUAAUAAUGUAUAUGAAGUUUGAAUUUCUUUUAAAAUUGGAGAAGCCGUUUAUUCCACGAACCAAACCUGAGGGAGGCAGGGAAUUAGUUUAUGAGUGUCUCAGAUCUUGGAGAGAAAAGCAUAUUUUAAUCACCAAAAUACAUUUCGACCCUAUAAUGGUCUAUUUCGCUUGGAAUAACAAACCUAAAUUACCGCCCUCCUCCCCGUACCUUUCAAUUAUUAUUAUGGCUACCCUACUCACCUCAUUUGUUUGAAUUAAAAUAGUUGUGCAUGUCACUCCUCCCUUCUCAUCCACGCCACACACAAAAAAAGAAUGUAGCAACAACAAAAAGAACAGCCUUUCCUUAUUCAAAUUCAUUUUGUCAUUUUUAGUAUGGUCAACUGAGAAUUAUCUGCCUUUGAACUUAGACAAAUAUCUUCUUUCCUAGGGCAAAGCUUUAGUACGGAGUAUUAACAAAUUUAUGUUAGAAUAAUCUUAUUUAAGGUAUUUGACCCGUAAUAGAGUACCUCCGUUUUGAAGAGUAUUCAAUUCCUGCCAUAAACCUUCUUUGACUGCAAUUUUCAGAGGGGCGUAGGUUCAAGCCCCACUGGGACCAACAUUUUUUUCUCCAUAUUUUCCUUUUUCCUAGUAAGUUUUUACUUCUUUCAAGACUUAUUAUGGAUGUAUUGUACAAAAAUGGAAAAUUUUCAUUUUAUGAGCGAUUUCUUGCUGUUCAAAGGGAAUUUACCAUUGAAUCAGGAGGGGUAGAGUUAGACAUCUUUAAAAAUACUGAGUUACGUGCGGUAAAAGUUCUCUAUUUUGCCUUUAUUCUUUAGAAUACAUAUUGUGGAAGAAAUGCAGGUAUGUUUUACUUUUGCCCCAAGGUUAUUUCUGAGUGAAGUGAGCAAAAUUCAAAACAGACCCACAGGAUUCAACCUUGAUUUUUCAAUGUUGGAGUUAGAAUUCUGUCUCAUUAAAUCUGUUUACUUGAGGUACCGUUGAAAAAAAAUAUAUUUACAGUUUUAUUUGUGUUUUAUAAUUGUUUAACAAUAGUUUGAUGUUUCUUUUAUCAUAAUUAAUGCUGUAAUGAAUUCUCUGCAAACGUUUUAGGAAGUGGCCAUCACAUUGAAAUUUGUCUCUACUUGAGCUUGAGGAAAUACCAUAAAUUAUACAAAAUUUACAAAAAACGGCACGGUAAAAGUUGUUUAAAAUUUGCAACACGGUGCGAAACAUGGUCAACUUUAAGAAUAUACCAAGCAAAUGCCAUUUUUUAAACAUUACUAUUAGGGGUCCAAUUUUAAAUGAUUCGUUUGUUAUGUUCAACUUUCUUGUGGCCUUUCCCGACUAUAUAUUUAUAUAUUUCAAAUAUCGCUUAAAGCUACUCGCCCACAGUUUAGGUUAAUUUUCUCAACAUGUUCAUUUCAUCAAAACGUGGCUUAGAAUAUAUAUAUGUGUGAAAAACAUGUUAGAUAUCGUAAAUGUUUUCCCCAUUAUUUCAAUAGCUUGUUAAGGGUUCAUUCCCUUCUGCAAAAUAAUUUUGGUUAUUUAUUAGGAUACCUUGCUAAUGUGUUAUGUCAAUAAGUUUGUACCACUGGUCACGUCCACAGUACCUACAUUUUAUGGAUUUUGGGGAGAUUUUCUUGUCACCUUAAUGUUUUAACGUACCGUUUUAGGUAAUGAAUAAAGAUAUUUUGACAGCUAGUUACAACCAAACAUCUGCUUAUUAAUAAAUAAAUGCUUAAGAAGCACAUUAUAUUAGAAAAUUAAUGAGUCACAUAUUGCACGUGAAAAAUGAAAUACAGAAAGGUCUGUUACGUAAUUUAUGAAAUUUGUCGGAAUCAUUAAGUCUUAAAAUGAUUCAUACAUGUUUUAGUUUUGCUUUUUCUUUGUUUGUUGUUGUUUUUGUUUGUUUGUUUUCGAGAAAAGUAAUUUAAAACAGUUGUUUUCUGGCCUACACUAUUUUUGGUCAUAAGACUGACAACAUUAAAGAUAUUUUAUAAGUUUAAAAGGUUUUACUACCAUCUUCAAAGAUUAGUAUAAUAAUGCAUCGUUUAUAUUUGGAUCUUGCAAAAUGAAGCCACAAUUCAAGGAAAACUUUUGUAACGACACAACUGUUCGUUUUUGUGCUAUGCACUUUAAUAGUUGUACUUUCCCCUAUGUAAUUACUAAAGUUUAUUUGAACACUAUGUAAUAUCUACGUAAUCCCACCCAUGUUG